AUGUUAGAGCCGGAAGAUAAAGUGAUUUCUCGUGAUGAUGUCGUUUUAGUUCUGCAUCAAGAUUCUGCCGCGCAGCAAGAUAUUAAAAUAGAAUCAAGUAAAGAGCCAGCGGUUGCGGUUGCGGUCGAGCCUACGCCACUGGAAGAUAUAGGGAUUCAACAGGAACUUCCGGAUCAAGCUGAUAACGGUAUAGAUGUGAAGGACAUUGAGGUAAAGUUGGAAGAAAAUGAUGAUGAUAGAGGUAGAGGUCUACUGCUAACGGAAAAAUCGAAAUUUCGAGAGGAAAAUUCAAACUUUUCCUCUCAUAUUGAUGCUAGCAGCUUAGAACCGCCAACUAAGAAAAUCAAAGCUGAAACGAAAACUGGGGUAAAGGAAGAAGAAGAAAGAGGAGGAGAAGGAGGAGGAGAAGGAGAAGGAGAAGGAGGAGGAGAAGAAGAAGGACAAUCUAUUUCUAAUGGGUCGACUGAGGGUCUGGACGAAGUAGUGAAAACUGCCGCUCAAACACGUCCGAUAAUCGUGCAACCACCAGCAAAACCUCAGUUGUUCUAUACUCCCUUGAAAACUGGGCUUGUAUAUGAUGUGCGAAUGAGGUACCAUGCAAAAAUAUUCACAUCCUAUUUUGAAUAUACUGACCCACAUCCGGAGGACCCACGUCGUAUAUAUAGGAUAUACAAGAGAUUGGUGGAGGCAGGUUUAGUACUGGACUUUUCAUUAUCAGGUAUUGAUGAAUUGGGACCGUUUAUUCAAAAAAUCCCUAUAAGGGAAGCAACAAUGGAAGAGAUUUUUGAAGUCCAUUCAGAAAGACUCUUGCAGCAAAUAAAAGCCACCGAAACAAUGACAAAAGAAGAGCUUUUGAAAGAAACUGCUGCUGGUGACUCCAUAUACGUCAAUAACGACUCCUAUUUCUCGGCAAAAUUAUCAUGUGGUGGAACAAUUGAAGCGUGCAAAGCGGUCAUUGAAGGUAAAGUGAAAAACUCCCUUGCAGCAGUUAGACCUCCAGGACAUCACGCAGAGCCUGAUGAGCCCGCUGGGUUUUGUUUAUUCAGUAACGUUGCAGUGGCUGCGAAAAAUAUACUCAAAUCGUAUCCUGAAUCAGUACGAAGAAUCGUUAUUGUGGAUUGGGAUAUUCAUCAUGGUAACGGUACACAAAAAUCGUUUUAUGACGAUCCCAGAGUGCUAUACAUAUCCUUGCAUCGUUACGAAAAUGGUAAGUUUUACCCUGGAACCAAGUACGGUGGUGCAGAUAUGGUUGGAGAAGGCGCUGGUAAAGGUUACAAUAUAAAUAUACCGUGGAGAAGCUUUGGUGUCAAGGAUGCAGAUUACGUUUACGCGUUCAAUAGAGUUGUUAUACCUAUAAUACUUGAAUUUGAUCCUGAUUUGGUUAUUGUUAGUUCAGGUUUUGAUGCAGCAGAGGGUGACCCUAUUGGUUGUUGUCAUGUAAGUCCAGCUGGAUAUGGUUAUAUGACGCAUAUGUUGAAGGGGAUAGCCAAAGGAAAAUUAGCUGUGAUAUUGGAAGGUGGCUACAAUUUGGACGCGAUAAGUGAGAGUGCGUUGGCUGUAACAAAAGUGCUCAUUGGGGAGCCCCCUGAAAACACCAUAAAAACACAGCCACAUCCCGACACCAUAGAAGUUAUUGAUGAAGUUAUAAAAAUUCAAUCGAAAUACUGGGAAUGUCUUAGCCAUGGGGUGCCCAAAACGUCCUUUGAUGAUAUAUAUGACCUCCCAGGCCUAGAUAAGAAUAGGUAUAAAUUAACCAAUAUAGCCGAUCCAAUACGGAGUUAUCAAACUGCAGAGGCUUGUAACAAAAGACAAUUCAUCACCAUUCCAAUAAUGAAUGAAAAAUCAAGCGAUAGUAGAAAUGCGUAUUUUACAUGCGAUUUACCCGAACAAAUUGAAGAUCUCGUAAUAGCAAGCCCUGAUAUUUACGAGUGUUCAUCAAUUGUGAUCACCAUACAUGAUCCUCCUGAAAUUUGGGCAUAUAUAAAUCCUACAAAUGGAGUGAUUGAAAGCAAUUCAACUAUAGUACUUGAACAGCCAUUAUUUCAAAUAAUGGAUAAAGUAGCCAAGGAAAAAGACAAGGAAAACACCGAUAAAGUGGGCUAUAUUGAUAUCAAUAUUCCAUCUUUUCAAUUACCUAUUCCUGGAUUAUCAACAACUUAUGAAUCAUCAUACAAUCCUACAAUUUUUGCACAAGAGAUUCUCCUAUAUAUUUGGGAUAAUUAUAUUGCAUAUUUCCAACGGUUGAAGAAAAUUAUAUUUGUUGGAUUUGGUGACGCUUAUCAAAGCAUUAUUCACUUAUUCAGCAAACGCCCCUCGUCAGAGAUAAAGAAUUUAGUCAAAUUUACAGUAGCUUUUUUGAAUAGAACUGCACUAAAACCUUUGGUUCCAGUGAUGGAUGAGAGUAUGAUUGAAUGGUUUUAUCACAAGUCAACAAUAUUCACAAGUUGCUAUAAUUCAUGUUGGAACAGCUCUUCUUCCUCUUCUUCUUCAAAUGGAUUUCAUAGUGGAGCCACCAAUGGAGAUGCAAAUGGUUCAAGUGACGAGUUGAAAAAGCCAAGAAGGAAAUUUGGUAGAGUUUUAAAAGCCAAUGCGGAUAACUUAUUUGAUAUUAUCAAUGAGAAAUUAGAUGAAGGAGUGGACAAUAUCUUGGAUAGUAUUGAAGAUUAUACCAGCUCCGAUGAAUAA